AUGUUUAGACCAACACUUCAUUUAUUCAAAAGUCGACAUCAUCAUUCAUUCAUUAUUACUACAACUCAAUUAUCAUCAUCAUCAUCUAUUUAUUUGUUUUCCAGACUACACUACUCUUCACAUUCAUUCAAUAACAAAAUGUCAACAGAUACAUCAUCAAACAAUCACUUCAACUUCUUGGUACUCGGAGGUGGAAGUGGAGGCAUUGCUACAGCAAGACGCGCUGCAAAGUAUGGAGUCAAGGUGGGACUUAUUGAGCAGACUCGCAUGGGUGGCACGUGUGUCAAUGUAGGUUGUGUCCCAAAGAAGGUUAUGUGGAACACUGCCUCCAUCAUGGAAGCAUUGCACGCUGCACCAUUCUACGGAUUUGAGGGCGCCGACAAGGUCUCCCACUCAUGGCCUGUCAUCAAGAAGGCCCGUGACGCAUACAUUCUGCGUCUGAACGGCAUCUACGAGAACAUGUUGAAGGGAUCAAGCGUCACCUCGAUCAAUGGAUGGGGCAAGUUCGUCGGACCAAAGGCCAUCGACGUGUCGGGCACAACCUACACUGCCGACCACAUCUUGAUCGCCACUGGCGGUCGCCCCACCGUGCCCAACGUGCCAGGCUCAGAGCUGGGCAUCACCUCGGACGGCUUCUUCGAGCUGGAGACCCUCCCCAAGAGCGUCGUGGUCAUUGGUGCUGGAUACAUCGCUGUCGAGCUCGCAGGAAUCCUCAAUGCUCUCGGCUCCAAGACCUCUCUGGUCAUCCGCCACGAGCACUUCCUCCGCACCUUUGACGACAUGCUCGCCCACAGACUCCAGGAGCAGAUGGUCGCCGACGGCGUCACCAUCGUCGGAAACUCGACCAUCUCCUCGCUCAAGAAGACUGACGCCGGUAUCGUCGUCCAAACCAACAGCCAGGAGUUGCCCCCCGCCGAUGUCGUCAUCUGGGCCAUCGGACGUGACCCCAUCGUCAAGGAGAUCGGACUCGAGGCUGCUGGCGUCGCCCUCAACAACCAGGGCUACAUCCACGUCGAUGAGUUCCAGUCAACCACCACUCCAGGCGUCUACGCCGUCGGAGAUGUCAUUGGCAAGCUGCAGCUCACACCCGUCGCCAUUGCUGCCGGUCGUCGUCUGGCCGAGCGUCUGUUCAACGGCAAGGACGGCCUCAAGUUUGACUACACCAACGUUCCAACCGUCAUCUUCAGUCAUCCACCCAUUGGUACCGUCGGUCUCUCUGAGAAGGAGGCCAUCGAAAAGCAUGGCAAGGACAAUGUCAAGGUCUACAACUCAUCCUUCACCAACAUGUACUGGUCUGUCGUCGAUAACUACAAGCCAAAGACUUAUAUGAAGUUGGUGACCGUUGGAGCUGACGAGAAGGUUGUUGGAAUUCACACCCUUGGUGCUGGAAGUGAUGAGAUGGUUCAAGGCUUUGCCGUCGCUGUCAAGAUGGGCGCCAAGAAGGAAGACCUGGAUAACACAUGUGCCAUCCAUCCAACUGCCUCUGAGGAGUUGGUCCUGUUCAUG